GGGCGGGCUGGUUGAAAAGUUCUCCCGUCGACAGAAGUUGCGUUAAUUAACGUGUUACUUCGCUAUUUUAAGACUUAUUUCACUCGUUCAGUGAGCGGAUGAAUGUCUGGAUCCGAAAACAACCGACAGUCGAAGCUAAGUUCGCUUAUAUUACUUUAUAUUACCUUAUAUUAGUGUGUGUUUCGGCACCAGUGUUUACAGCAGCUAGGUAACCUAACCUAACCUAACCUAACCUAACUUGAUCGGCUCGUAAUGUCCCAAGCAAUGGAGCGACCAUCGAGGAAGACAAAGACUGUGAAUUACUGUGAAGCCAAGGACUUUGAUGAUGAUGAGGAUUUUGCCUGUGUCAAGGCUCCACCCAGCAAAAAGCCCAGGGAGGAUGUCAAACGGGAGCACAAGAAAUCAUCGAGCAAGUCCUCCAGUCAGGAGUCCAACUCACAGUCCGCAGUGAGCCAGAAGAAUAGAAGACCACUGGAUGAGAGACUGCAUGAAAGAGAUCUAGAAGCAGCCAUUACACUAUCCUUGCUCAAUAAUGCAGACGGGUUUAAGGACAGUUCUCCCACCAGUAAAGGAGAUGUCGAGGUUCAAGUUCCGGUAGAUGAAAACACAGAUCCAGCGUCUUCGCGCUUGUCCAACUGCAGUGUGGAUGGUGCAGUUUUUGGCCUGGAUGAAAUCACAUCAGAGAAAGAGGCACUUGCUCUUUCCAGGCAGAGGAAGGCUGCUGCUAAAGCCAGUGAGGAGCAGAGAAAAACCGAUGAAGAUGAAGACUAUGAGCCCAAACUGACACCAGAUUCAGAGAGUGAUGAAGAUUUCAGUGAACCAGCUGAGAGCGAAGAUGAGGAAUUCACAGUGAAGAAAGUCAGCAAAACAAAAAAGAAGGAAAAAUUAACCAAGAACGUGAAGACCAAACGGUCUCCUCCCUCCAAAAAAGAAAAACCAGCAUCAAAACCAGCAAAGUCCAAAUCGCAGGCAGCAGCAGCUUCCACACCGGUGAGAAGUCCUCCAACAGCCAAAGUUGCACCAAAAAGACCUGCAUCGUCCUCCACAGUUUCCACAUCGAAGUCUGCAUCUGCAUCGAAACCUGCGUUCUCUCUGAGCCCAGCAGGGGGCAAGUUACCCAAAUGGACCCCACCAGCUCAAAUUGGUAGAAGCCCCUCUUCAUCCCAGAGUCCAGCAGUGAAGUCUCCAGGUCAAGGUCUGCGGCUGGGCCUGUCCCGUCUUGUCCGGGUGAAACCUCUUCACCCCAGCGUUACGAGUCACUGACUGACUGAUUGCCAAUCUGGAUGCCCCCCCUACAUGUGUCAGUUCUUGCUGUCCUUUUAGCUUAAUCACAAUUUUUUUUAAAAAAGAUGCUUGUAAACAAUCAUUUUCCUUUAUUUGUGCUACUAUAGAUUUAAAGUGAUAUGUUUUCACAUGAUGCUCGCAGCUUUGGGAAAUUACGCAACUUGCACCUUGAGCUAUUAUUCUGCUAUAUAUAGUGAAAAAAGCUCAUGGAACAGUCAAAUGUGUGCUUUGUGGACUCUGGGGACUCAAGUCAUAGAUUGUUGCCAUUGUCACAUUAUUAUUAGUACAGGUUAAUGUGUCUAUAGAUAUUCAGAUUGUUUGAUCCCCCACAUGGGAGUUCACAUCUCACAUUCAGGAAGAACUAUGGUUGGUAAGACUGGCAUUUAAUUGUUUGUUUGUUUGUUUGUUUUUUAAACCAGGCUCAUCAUUUUCUCCCCUUUCUCUUAUUGUGUGCAAAUACUGUAUAUUAUGUACAUAUAUAUAUAUAAAAUAAAAUGUAAAAGCAAAAAAAAUUUGCAUGAGCUGCUGAUGUAAAUAGGAAGAACAAUGAAUGCAAUUAGCUGCUAUACUGUAUAUCAAAAGUGUUUUUUGACAGAUUUUUCUCACACGGUUGCUUGAAUUGGACCUAAAAAGGUGCCAGUACCCUAAUAAACCAGAAUCCUACAAUAUAAUCUUAACCCUAAUCCUUUUGCCGUUUUUUUAAUCUAUGUAGUGCUGGUACCGGAGAGUCGGACCAUUUCAGGCACUGGUUUCACACAUUUUUCUUUUUCACUGAUGACUAAUUGGUUCAGGAAAUAGUCCAAAAUGUAAGGCUGCAUUUGAAUGUAUCUGCCAAACCAAAAGCUCCCUAUAAAGCUGUGAAUAGUUGUUUUUA